CCAAAGGGGAUCAGUGCACCACUGCGAUGGACUUCUCCAGCACCAGCAGCAAAAAGGCAAGGGCCCACUCAGGUGUGAUUCCACUGUCACGUGUGGAGGGUUCCUCUUUCUUCGACAGGAAUGAGGUGAAGAUCUCCCAUAGUGACACCAAAGGGGAUCAGUGCACCACUGCGAUGGACUUCUCCAGCACCAGCAGCAAAAAGGCAAGGGCCCACUCAGGUGUGAUUCCACUGUCACGUGUGGAGGGUUCCUCUUUCUUCGACAGGAAUGAGGUGAAGAUCUCCCAUAGUGACACCAAAGGGGAUCAGUGCACCACUGCGAUGGACUUCUCCAGCACCAGCAGCAAAAAGGCAAGGGCCCACUCAGAGGUGAUUCCACUGUCGCGUGUGGAGGGGUCCUCUUUCUUCGACAGGAAUGAGGUGAAGAUCUCCCAUAGUGACACCAAAGGGGAUCAGUGCACCACUGCGAUGGACUUCUCCAGCACCAGCAGCAAAAAGGCAAGGGCCCACUCAGGUGUGAUUCCACUGUCACGUGUGGAGGGUUCCUUUUUCUUCGACAGGUUGCUCCAUACCAAGAGCACGGCCUAUGACAACAGUGCGAUCAUAUUCUGCAAUCUGACGGAGGUGCCCCCACUGGAAUUACGUGGGCUGUACAACCUGGGUUUCACAUGCUACAUGAAUGCCACUCUGCAAUGCCUGUUCUCUGUGCAGACUUUCUACACAGACCUCCUGAGGCAAAACAGCCUCUUAAGGAGGAUGCCACAGAGUGGGCUACUCAGGUGCUUUACUGCCCUGAUGUCAUCAAAGAACCAGUGUCGGGGUGAAGCAAAAAAACUGCUUCAGCAGAAAGUGAAAGACGCCCUGUCUGCCAGUGCAGUAAUGUUCUCUGGGAACUCGGAGCAAGAUGCCCAUGAGUUCCUCAACCAUUGCCUUGACCAGCUGAAAGAGGAUGGGGAGAAGCUGGUCUUUGCAGGAGAGGUACUCCAGGCCACAAGCCCAGGUAUCUCCCUUUCCAAGUACUCCUGUCCUGUGGUUACCAACAUGGACUUCCAGCUGCAGUACAAGAUGACCUGCACAGGGUGUGGAGACUUCAGUGUAAGGCGAGAGCUCUUUACAAUGUUGUCCAUCAGUGUGCUCCCAGGAUGCUCAAUACAGGACUGCCUGGAUCACUUCUUCAAGGGUUCUUAUCCUCCACCUCAAGAGGUUCAGCUUUGACCCCCUACAGAGAGUCAACAGGAAGCUGGAGGGGCAGGUGUGCAUCCCAUCAUGCCUCAGUCUGCUCCCACACUGCGGUCGUUACACACAGCCUCCUUGCAGACUGGACUACAGUGCAGAAACAGCUUUGAACCCUGGCAACAUGCAGAGCUGCCAGCUUUCUGAACCACUGGAAGAGAAAAGACCUGAGAAGGGAGCUGAAGAACAGGAGCUGGAAGAAAAAGAGAAGGAGUUCCUCAGAAUAGCAAUUGCUCUGAGUCUCCAAGAUUUAAACCACACCAAAACUGAGCCCCACGUAGACAAGGACUCCACAAAUACCAGCACGGUGGAGUCCGAGGAGAGUGGUGCAGAG